GCCUGACUCUGAGCACACACAGCCCUCCCGAGCCUCCAAACAACAAAGGCAGACGCUGCCUGCUUCCGAGAAGAUAAAUGUGCAGCAGAGGACCCUUGUAAAGAGGCUGGAGGGAAAUGGCCAGACACCAGGUGAUGCUGGCCGUGUUCUGUGGGGAGAUCUGGAGCUCCCUGUCUGCAGCAGCACCUCAGCACGCUGCCAGGACUGAAAGCCACAUGUGCCCCAGUGCCACGAGCCCCAGGGCAGACAGCCUCCUCCUGCACCACCUGCAAGCGACUGUGCCCAGCCUACAGCAGGCUGCCACAGAGCCCCAGGCCUUCCCAGGGGAGGAGGAGGCUGGGGAUGGCAGCUGGGUGGCAGCGCUGAUCCUCGGCAGCAUUCUGAUUGGGAUGGCGCUGGCCAUUACGGUGAUUCUCCUGUGGAAAUGCUGCCUGAGGCCUCCUCAGGCCCAGUCCCACUGGGCAGGCCGCUCCCCCUUCGCCGAUGGGGACACCUCAGACCUCUGCAUGGAGCCUGACCCCGGCACCAAGCGCUCUUCUGUCCUAUUUAUGCUGCCUUGGAGACUGAAACAAGGCACAAACUUGCAGGAGGACCCGACUGUCCAAGAGAACCCACCCCAGCACACUUGCAGUGCUGAGAACGGGCAGCCGCCUCCGCCGGCCGCGGGCUGCUCCGGAGCCAGCUCUGGCCCUGCCCCAGAGCAGGAGCCAGCCAACACUGCAGCUGAGUGCUGCCCUCCCCCAGACCCUCCACCCGAGUGCUCCGACCUGCCACCACCCCCCGACUGGCUCAGGGAACCCGCUGAGGAGCCCAGCUCAGACCCCAGCAAGCACUCGGCACUUCACUUGGAAGCAGAGGAACCACAGCCCUCACCACCUGAGCCACUGAUCCAGGAGAUCCAUGAAACACUGCCCCAGCCUGAACACCCUUUGUAGACUGCCAAAUUCAUUUCCAGAAUACUCUAUAUCUUUCUUAAACUGAGUAAUUUUCAAUAAAGUAAAAAAGGAGAAGUUGACACAGGCAAGAACGGUGAGGCCCCAGCAUUUCCUUCACAUUUCCGUGGUGUUUCCCAACUUCGGCUUUCACAAGAGAGAACAACCUGCUUCUGCCUGAAGCAAAUUUCUGACUACAAAACAAAUUGUGCCCAGUCAUCACCUGCAACCAGAGAUUCCAGAAGGCAGAGUACACAGCUGUGUGUGCCAGCACAGCCAGACACAGGUAACACACACGUGGAGAUGU